GUAUGACUUUUCCUCAGUGACAAAGAUUUUAUGGAUUCCAUGGAUACUACUUUCAAAACUUCCACGCUUUUGCUACUUACUUUAGAACAUUUGUCAGAACAUUUGUCAGACUGUAAACGUUUGCAUUAAAGUGAUUAAAGGAAAUCUAUUUCAAACAAAACCAUUGCUGAAAACACGAUCAAAACCUCACUCAUUGGGUUGACAUGGGUGAUAUUUUUAUGGCCUGUAAACAAGGGGAUCUGACAAGGAUUAAAAUACUGGUUGAAGAAAUGAUGUGCGAUGUGAAUGUGACAGACAAAUGGAAUUCUACUCCGCUAUAUUACGCUUGCCUUUCGGGUUAUGAAGAUAUUGUUGUCUACUUACUGCAGUCCGGUGCUACCUAUGAUCAUUGCAAGUUUUCUGGGGAGCGAUGCAUGAACUGUGCUUUAACUGACAAGACCCGCCGCAUUCUACGCAAUCCCCCUGAGCAGAAAACCUCCCAAAGCGCCCAUUUCAGAGACACUAUGGAAUUAAUGUUUAGUGAUGCAUAUCAGAAUUACAGCGAUGUUUGCUUGGUUAUUGGACCGGAAAAUCACAAGAUCUACGCCCACAAACUUGUCCUCUUCAAACAGAGUCCAUACUUUUCUCACUCCUUACUGGGACCUAACAGAGGCAAAGACUUUAUCUACUUCAAAAAUUACAAGGAGAGUUCGGUUGAAGCAUGGGUACAAGUGCUAAAGUACAUGUACACACAACGACUCAGUAUUGGGAAAUACAAGCACCUUUACAAAAACAUACUUCAUCUAUCCAGACGACUUGGGCUGCAGGAACUGACCUCGAACUUGCGUGCUGUUUGCAAUAAACUUCACAAAAAAUACCCUGAGAAGAUAAUGAUCGAAACAGAAACUUGUACCUACCCCGACAUAGCCGAGAUAGCUAUAUCUGAUCUUAGAUCUGAGGGCAGAAUAGAACGACAAUACUAUUCGGAUCUAUGUUUCAUCGUGCAGACAAAUCGCUUCUAUUGCCACAAGGGGUUUGUGGUGGCACACAGUCCUUAUUUUGCAGCAUUGUUGGAUACCAACCAGUUCAGAGAGGUUACAACAUCAAACAGAGGGAAAUUAACCUUCAUAACGCUGAGUAACGUUUUAGCUGAAACGUUCGCAUUACUCCUCAAAUUUAUCUACACUGGCUCUACAGAGAUAGUUCCAGAGACAUUACAAGACCUGCUAUUCUACUCAGAUCAUUACAUGAUACACGGGUUAAAGUUAGGUUGUGGUGAUCUCUUAGCUACACAGCUGAACACUGUAAAUGCGGUGCAGACUCUGUCUCUCGCCAGAUUGCUCAUGAUGUCCAAACUCCAGCAUGCUGCCCUCAAGUUUAUUGCUUAUAACUUCGAGAAUAUAGUGGAGAAGGAGGAGCUGUCUAAGAUCAUGGUGCUGGACGAGCAGACAAACCGGACAAACAGACUGGUAAGAAUCAGUGAGAGCUCCGUUGACAGUCUGGAUGAGGUGGAGAAUGAACUUGAUGAGGAACAACCCAGUGAUUACAAGGAUGCAGGAGUUGACGUACAGUUGGAUCUACGUUUGUACUUCAGGGAAAUUACCAACAAACAGAGACACUCAGUUGAGGCCCAGAAUAGGGAAGAGAAAUGCGUCAGAGAACUCCAGGUCAUGCUUUGUAGUCAUGGAAACGCAAUGUAACGAUAGCAACACCUGAUGGCGGUGUAAACUGUAAACUGGUUGUCAGACAUCUGUGGGCAGAUAGAAUGCUACCCGUAUCUUUUUUUGUGAUUUAUAACAAGAAUCAGUGUUGUUAUCUAUUAUCUAACUUUUUCCUAAGACUUUGAUCUUUUACUCUUAACAAGGCGAGGAUUGGUGACAAUAAUUUCAUCUGACUGUCACAAGGGGAAAGAUUAUUAAAACUGAAAUAUUUUGCUGUGUUAAAUAAAUAAUGAUUUGAAAGCAAUUGUAUGGUGUAUUUAUUUUAAAAGCAAACAUUUUUUCAAUAACCCUUGUCACGUGUGUCAAUUUUGGCGACAUUAUGUAUGUCGAUGAUCAAAACAGAUUUUAAUUUCGUGAAACUAUUUUAAUUUUGUUAAAUAUAUCUUUAUCAGUUUAUUCUUUUCUACCAAACAGCAUUUCGAUCUGUAAAUUUUCUGUAAAUAAGAUUUCAGAAUAUCAGGAUAUUAUUGAUAUUAUUGAUAUUUAUUUCUACAAUUUCUUUCGAUACUAUUAACAUUUUUGUGAUUCCUUUGUAAGUAAGCCGGUAAGCGAGCGCGGAUUUCUUUUCAGUUCCUAAGGUUACAGCAUGACAUUGAUAAAGCAGGAAAAUGUUAAUAUAUUCAACAACAAUCACAUCGUUACAUUACAUGCUGCAGAUUAUACCGAAUAUCCUACUGCAUAUUCUUAAAUAUGAGCAUGUCACGUGAUAGUUAAGGCAAUAAUUUUAACUCCAUAUCAGCAUGCAACCGUGAACCGACCAGAGUGACUGAUACUGAUAUUUCGAUCUCGCCGAUCUAAAGUGGUUGCGAGAAGC